AUGAAACUCUUUCUCCUCGCUUGUUUCGCCAGUGCUGGUCAGAACUCACUGUACCAAUGGGUGCGUGAUCAUCGAGUCCAUCACAAAUACAGCGAUACGGAGGCUGACCCUCACAACGCAAACAGAGGUCUAUUCUUUUCUCACAUAGGAUGGCUUAUGAUGAAAAAAAAUUCUGAAGUACUUCUCCGAGGUAAACAAAUGGACAUGAGUGAUAUUGAAGCGGAUCCUAUGCUUAGAUUUUACAAUAAGUAUUUCAAUUACUUCAAGAUAAUGCUUUGCUACGUGAUACCAACUACAAUGAGCAUAUGGUUGUGGGGAGAAAACUGGCGUUGCGCUGUAGCUUGGCAGUGCUUCAUACGAUUCCUGAGCAUGUUCCACAGUGAACUUACAGUUAAUAGCUUAGCACAUGCCUAUGGAUACAAACCUUAUAACAAGAAUAUAGUCCCGAGAGAAAAUCGUUUUGUUGCGACAUGCACGUUUGGAGAGGGGUGGCAUAAUUACCAUCAUGCUUUCCCUUUUGACUAUAAAGCUGCCGAACAUUUUGAUACAUUCAAUUUAUGCACCACACUUAUAAACAUUUUUAAAAGAAUUGGAUGGGCGUAUGAUCUUCGUGAAGCGACGCCUGAAAUGAUUAAUGGAAUAGCAAAAAGACUGGGUGAUGGAACUCCUGUGCACUUUCCUAUGCCAAUACAAUCUGAAAACUAA